ACCCCUAACCGCCGGUCCACCUAUCAUACCUACGUGCGGCUACUGCGGCGGACAAGCGCGGGGUUAUCGGCCUCCCGAGCCUUUAACUUGACCGACCUCGCCCCUUCAACUCUCUUUUGUUUCGGGUACUAGUAUCUCCGGACCAAUCACAUUACAAAUUUCCCCUACCCAGUCGGACAUACUCUACAAUGUGGAGAUCUUUAGUCCGAGGCUUAGGCUUUCGAGCACGAUCAGGUAUGAAAUGAUAAAUAGAUCCCCUCUUCCACAUAACAUACCCAGACACUGACUACUACAUCUACUCGCACAGCUUGCACACCAACAACCAUCAACGCAUCAAUCCACACUCCCACAUCCACAAUGCCCAAAUACGCCAAAGACCAGCCCGUCGGGUACAAAAACACCAUUGAGAAAGUGGCCAUUGUCGGCGCCGGCGGCACCAUCGGCUCGCACAUCACGCGCGCGCUCCUCCAAACAGGAAAACACACCGUAACCGCACUCUCCCGAAAAGACAGCGGAAACAAACUCCCAUCAGGCGUGCACAUCGCCCCAGUCGACUACAACGAUGAAUCGACGAUCAUCUCAGCCCUAAAGGACCAUCAAUUCCUCAUCAUCACCAUGGCGCCGACCGCCCCGCGCGACACACACAGCAAACUGGUCCAAGCAGCCGCCAAGGCCGGAAUCCCGUACAUCAUGCCGAACAGCUACGCGGGGGACAUCGAGAACGUAUCGCUGGGAGUGGAUACCAUCCUUGGUCCGAUUGCACAGGCCAGUCGCGAGGAAAUCAACAGCCUCGGUAUGCAAUGGGUGAGUGUGUGUUGUGGGUUCUGGUAUGAUUAUAGUCUUGCGGGGGGAGAUUCUCGGUUCGGGUUUGAUUUCGAGAAGAGGACGUUGACGUUCUAUGAUGAUGGGAAUACGAAGAAUACGACGUCGACGUUGGCGCAGGUGGGUAGGGCUGUGGCGAAGGUGUUGAGUUUGAAGGAGGUGCCUGAGGAUGAGAACGAUACGAGUCUUACUCUGUCGAGGUUCUUGAAUCAGGGGGUGUAUGUUAAGAGUUUUGUGGUCAGUCAGAGGGAUAUGUUUGAGAGUGUGAAGCGGGUUACGGGGACGAGGGAUGAGGAUUGGACGAUUACUCAUGAGGAUACGAAGAAGAGGUAUGAGGAGGGUAUGGCGAUGGUUAAGAAGGGGAAUAUGGCGGGGUUCAGUAAGUUGUUGUAUGCGAGGGCGUUUUAUCCCGAUGGGGCGAGUGAGCAUUCGGCCAAGGCGCAGAAUGAGUUGUUGGGGUUGCCGGAGGAGAGUUUGGAUGAGGCGACUAGUGAGGGUAUUGAGUUGGUGAAGGAGUUGCAGCUUAGGGUGGAGAGGAUGGCGUCGUGA